GUUGUAACCACUACAACUCCAUCCGUUGGAAGCACUACAACUCCAUUCGUUGGAACCUCUACAACUGUAGGAGUUGGAAGCACUACAACUCCAUUCGUUGGGAGCACUACAACUCUGGGCGUUGGAAGCACUACAAGUGUAGGAGUUGGAAGCACAACAACUCCAGAAGGACCAUCCUGUUGGGGUACAUGGACUGGCUGGCAAGGAACAUGUAAUGGUGCACCAUGUGAUAGAGGCACCCGAUUGAGGACUAGAACUUGUAAAACGAAUUGCACAUGUAAUCCUCUUGAUGGAAGUCAAAGUGAACCCUGUUCCACCACUUGUCCACCUUCAGAGCAAUGUAAAGAAACAGAAAGAAAGAGCAGCAACUGCACUGAAGCAUGUGAUACCUGUAAAAGUUAUUACAUGCAGAGUACUUGCGUGAAUACACAAUGUACCGAUGGUGAAGAUGAAAAAUGUGUUUGUGCUGAAAACAAACUUCGAGACGAGUCUGGUGACUGUGUUCCAAAAGAAAAUUGUGAUUGUUACGAUACAAAUGGAAUGGUUAUAAAGAAGGAGGACCUGGGCCUUCGUAAUGAUACUUGCAUAGAAUGUAAAUGUGUAAAUCACAUAUACCAGUGUUCACAACAAGUUGGCUGUUGCAAAUAUUCUACAUGGUCUCAAUGGUCCAAGUGUGAUGCCAAAUGUAAUGAAAAGGCAACGAAAGAAAGAAGCAGAACUGUCUUAGAUGGACAAAUGUGUAAUGAGACCUUCGAGGUCACAGUAUGCAGUGGAAGAUGCCAAUGCGAAUAUAAUGGAACACUUUACAAUGAUGGUCAAGCUAUCAGUACAGGCGAAGAAUGUAAAGAAUGUUCAUGUGUGAAGGGUAACGUUGAGUGUAAAACAACGCCAGUCGAUGGUGGUAUCGGCCAAUGGACUCCAUGGAACUUAGCAGCAUGUCAGAAUGAUCACAACUGCAAGGACUAUGAACAGACAAGGACACGAGAAUGUAACAAACCACGACCUGAGUGUAAUGGCAAAAACUGUACUGAGAACAUGUUGGAAAAGAAGCCCUGUAGUGAUACACCAUGCUGUGAACCAAUGUUUACCAAAUGGAGUGAAUGUCCUCGCCCAUGUCACGAUGAAAGUAAAAAUGAAACACCUUUCCAGAAAACCAGAGUGAAAUACUAUCCCGACGGUGCUGCAUGUGGAAACAAUAAUACAGAAACCGAUGACUGUACAGAACCAUGUGAUUGUGUGAAACGAUUCGAAUGGAGCGACUGGGGUACAUGUGAUAAACAGUGUGGAGUGGUAAACGUCACUAGAUCAAGAGGAACAGCGAGUGAUGCUAGCUGUCAAUACCUUCCUUCUGAAGAGACCAAACAAUGCUUCAGCCACGAAUGCAACUGUACGGAACCAGACACCGUUUACACCAACACAACUGGGUGUGAAAGAACAUGUGCUGAACAAAUUCCAUCAGUAACCUGUGGCCAAUACUUGAAUUCUGGCUGCAUUUGUGUUGGAGACUUGGUACGCAAGGAUGGCGUGUGCGUGACAUCAGAUGAAUGCGAAACAUGCAAGAUCAACGGCAAAACAUACGAGAAUGGAGAAGAAAUUCCAAGCGACAACAGAUGUGAAACAUGCAAAUGUAAAGAAGGGUUUGCAAAAUGCGACAGUAACUGUGAGGACGUGAAGACUUGUUCAUUCGGAGAGGAAUCCUAUAACGAUGGCUGUUGCUGGAAGUGUCGACCUGUUGGCUCCACGUGUCAAAAGAUGCAGAGGAAUGAGACAAUACCGAUUGACAAAUGCAGAAAGGAAUACGCAACAACUGUCGACUACUGCGGAGGCGGAUGCGGAAAUGCAGAGACUGUGAUGGAUCCGCUUACUGGUCAAGUAACCUCCACCUGCAAGUGUUGUUUCCCAACGAAGCACAGCACAAAACAAGUUAACGUCACUUGUGAUAACAACGAAACAAAGCAAAUCUCGAUGAUGAUAAUCGAGACUUGCGAAUGUAAUAUGUGUGCUACAGAAAAGGUAUGAUUAUGCCUAGGUUUAAACUUAUUCCU